AUGGACCAACGAUUCCAGAGAAUAGACCUGUCUUUCCAAUCCGCCCAAGAAAGCAAGCUUGCACAGUCUAUCGUUGACAGCCUGGCUUUUCCAGAGAUGCAAUCCCGGUACCAAGCUAUCACAGACCAUCAUUCUCGAACCUUUGAGUGGAUGUUUUCGGACACCGAUAGUCAGUAUCAUAAGUGGCUGCAUGCCCAAAGCUCCAUUUUCUGGGUUUGUGGCGAAGCUGGCUCUGGCAAAUCUACCCUCAUGAGGUAUUUGCGCGGGGAGUUUGAGAGCAGAGCCCUCCUCGAGACUUGGGCAGGGGAUCGUCAGCUUAUGCUUGCAGCUCACUAUUUUUGGAUCCCCGGCUCUCCUCUCCAAAAAUCCCUGGAAGGCAUGUUGCGGACCUUACUUCACCAGUUACUCAAAGAUCAGAGUGACCUCCUCCCAACCGCGUGUCCAGCACGUUGGGCCCAGACGCAAGGAUCAGCUCACAUGAUCAACGAACCAUGGAUAUACGCCGAGCUUGUCGACGCCGUCGCGAAUCUUGGAACGAGGGGAGAUCUCGCCAUCUGCUUCUUCAUCGACGGUCUCGAUGAGUGUGAGGAGCGCUCCCAUCCAAAGUUGAAUCAGCUUCUUCGACGACUGUCCAAUCUGCCUCACGUCAAGAUCUGUAUGAGUUCUCGGCCCUGGACUGCCUUCAAACGCGAGUUCGAAGGCAAUACGGAGACCAUCCUGUUGCACGAGCUGAACUUGCGAGAUAUCUUCGAGUACGACUUCAGGGACGGGAUUUCCGCAUAUUCAUUUGUACCUCCUUCUUUGGAAGCCUCCCCUACGAAGAUUCUCAUCUACACAACGGUUCUGAAGGCGCAAGGAGUCUUCCUCUGGGCUUCCAUCGUCAUGGACGGUAUUUGCACUAGACUUGUGCACCAGUCCGCCACAGAAGUACUGCCGUACCUUGACGAUUUUCCGCCGGACCUCGAGACCCAUUUUGAGAGACAAAUAUUCUCCAGAAUCGAUGCUACGUACCGA